GCAAGAAAGAUAGCGAUAGAUAGAGAUAGAACGAAAGGAGGAAGGGACACGGGCUAGCCCUGCCCAUAUGAAAGAGAGUAAAAGAGAUAGGAGAUAUGUAUAUAAUGGUAGAAAGAGAGAAAGCUAAACUGCUUUCCAUCCCCCAGAACGCAUCCUACGUAAGCCGGAGCUGUGUUAGCUCUUCAUCGUGGGUUCAGUCUCUCUAAAUGUGGCAUAUCAACGUGGUUACUUUUAUUCGCGCUCUCGAUCGAAACCGGGAAAAACUUACAAUGAAAGCGAUUGUCGUAAUGUGAAAUUUACCGACGCUACGAACGCGUCGUCGUCCGUCGUCGUCGUCGUCGUCGUGGUCGUCGUCAUCGUCGUGUCGUCGUCGUCGUCGUCGUCGUGUGUCGUGUUUCAAAAUACAUAUACAUAAACACACACACACACAUACAUAUAAUAUUUUCGUUCGACGUUCAUUCGUUCUUUACGAAGGAAAUAUUCUUUUUUUUUUUCUUUCACUUAGAGAAUCUUGUUUGGCUGGAUGGUACGUAUUGUUAUACGUAAAAAAGGAAUGUUACGUAAAGAUCGUGUUCAACUGGUAAGAAGACUCGCUCGUUUGAUCGGUGCAUAUACAAAAUUAGAAUGGCGAGCGCAUCGCAACAAUAUUGUCUCCGUUGGAACAACCACCGAUCGAACUUGCUUACUGUCUUUGACGAACUUCUACAAAAUGAGGCAUUCACCGACGUUACCUUGGCUGUGGACGGUGGUCUCUCUGUAAAGUGUCACAAAAUGGUCCUAGCAGCUUGUUCAUCAUAUUUCCAGACGCUUUUUAUCGAUCUACCAUGUAAACAUCCAAUCGUAGUACUCAAAGAUGUGAAAUAUUGUGAGAUCAAGGCAAUAUUAGAGUAUAUGUAUCGUGGAGAGGUAAAUGUCGCCCAGGAACAACUCGCUGGUUUAUUAAAAGUUGCUGAAGUUUUAAAAGUCAAGGGUCUUGUUGAGGAAAAUGGUUCGUCUCAUGAACAACGAAAUGAAGAACUCGAAACGUCGAUGUCACCACCACCAGCGAUCAGCACUAGCACAACCAACAGUAUUGCGCAUAGCAGUGGCCAUAUUUCACCACCCCAUUCAACCGGAAGUUCUUAUAAUCCAUACGGUAAAUCAUCUACGAUGCCAAUUGAUAGAGGAUGUAUGUCCUUGCCGAUGUGGGCAUUGUCAGGACUUCCACUUCCACAACAUGCGACUUCCACUCAUCAGGCAAGCUCUCAAUCACAUUCGCAACAUUCCACUAUCGUGGGUACUUCUUACGACAACGGUUUCGAAACGUCAUCGCCCAUAAAUCCAAAACGAAAAAAAUAUUGUACGUCAAAUGUCAUGAUGAAUCGAGACACGCCGAUAUUGCGAACAGUUUUGGGUCAAGGGCAUGCUGAUAGUUCACAGAACAUGACCCUUAUGCCACCAGAUAGUCAUGAUAAUAACUUCCGUACUAAUGCCAAUGGAUCGUCAACUGAAAAUUCCAGACGAGAUAGCAGCGAUCUUCCCAAUUCUGAACCAGUUCAUAGUCCUUACACCGACGUUUCCAUGAUAGACGAAGAAGACAAACAACCAUCACCUCAAUCCUACGUCGAUACUAACGCAGGUACUGACGUAUCUAAUCCAAUUGUAGGUGUGGUUAGUUACAUCACAACCCAGAAGCCCGAAUGGAAACGUUACAAACAAUAUACACGGCACGACAUCAUGUCAGCAAUCGAGGCAGUAAGAUCAGGAAUGAGUGCAUUGCAAGCGGCGAGAAAGUACGGUGUCCCAUCGCGUACACUUUACGAUAAAGUAAAAAAACUUGGUAUCACGACCUCCCGACCUUUUAAGCGUGGUUCGAACGGUGCUGGAGGAGCUUGUUUUCCCUAUGGUAUCGGUGGAAACGCAAACGGCAGCAUUUAUGGUAUCAACAGUAGUACCCUAUCGGAAAGUGAAAAUGAAAACAGCAACGCCCUAUACGAGAGUUCUUCCACCAUUUUGGAAACGAAUUACGUUAAAAGCAGGGAUACCUCGACUGAACGUGAAUCCAACAUGGAAACUGGUCAAUCUAGUCCAACUUCAGGACUUCAUUUGAUCAAAGAAGAACCUCAACAAAGGAACGACGAUCAGGUUGAGGAUCUUUCGGUAAAUCGUAAGUCGGAUAUACGAGUAAUAAUACCACCAUCGUCGAACAUCAAAGAGGAAGAUGAUAUUUCCGAUAAUUCUAAUCGUAAUUGAUAAUUAUCAUGAAAUUAAAAAGAUAUGACGAUGCUGAAUUUACAAACGUAGGGUGAUAUACUCUAAAAAAAAACCUCAGUAGUAAAUAUCAAUAGAAGUAGUAUACGAGUAAGUUAAAAUGAAUACUUUCAAAUCUAACCAGAUGUCUCCUGAUCAGCUUCGAGACUCAAAAGUAUAAACCAUGUUCUUACAUAACGUAAAAUAUUCAACAAUAUUUCCGAGAAAAACAAUGUUAAAAUAUUUUCUUUGUUGAUAAGCCAAUAUAAUAUUAGUGGCCUUACGUAUGUUAUUCUACGACGGAUUUUUUCGAAAGUGUUGAAAGGAGAAAAAGAUAAAAAAAAGAAAAAGAAAAAACAGAGAAAAAAAAAGAGUAAAAGAAAAAGAUUAUAAAAGUAUCGUCGUAAUAAAGGGUAUAGUAAAUAUUUAGUGCCGAACACGUUAUCAAAAAGACUCAAAAUUAUAUUCCUCGUAUCUUUGACGAUCUCAUUGUUAAACGAGUCUUUUAACGAAUGGUAUCUAAAUAUUGAUUAAUUAUGUUUACUUUCAGCACAUCGAUUAUCUCAUUAAUUGCUCAGGGAACAAUUAGCUUAAGCUCUUCUCGUAGGAUUAUGAUAAACGACGCUUUUGUUUCCUCGAUUUUGCGUAAAUGCCUUAGAAAAGACAUUUGCUUAUAAUAAUUAAAAUUCCACGAAUGUCGUUUAUAUAUAAUUAAGACUCGAGACUUAACGAGGCUAACUCGUUAAUCUACAAUAAGACUGAAUGCGCGUCGUUGAUCCAAGAGACUGAACGUGUAUUUAACACAUGUGUUCAAAAAUUGUUAAAGGCUUAUUAAUGCUCUUGAGAUUUCUUAAACAUAAUCUACCUCAUCAAAGAAUGAUAACUAUGUAUAGUAUCUUUGAUAUAUAAUUCUUUUUUUUCCCUUACUUAUUGUAUAAAUGAGAAAGAAGAAAAAAAAAGAAGAAGUAAGGGAACAGAAGAAAAGAAAAGAAAAAGAAGAAACAAAAGCAAAAUAGAAAAGUAAGAGAUUUAAAAAAAGAAACCGUCCCAUUGGAUAUACUGGGAAGAAAGAUUCGGAAGAAUUAACAUAUUGCAUUUUUUAUUAAUGUUUUCUUUUUAUUUUCUUUCUUUCUCUUUUUUUCUUCGUUUUUUUUUCAAUGAAUGAAGUACAAGGAAAUGCAACAUAGAAAUUUUAGAGUUAUAUUAGCAAAUAUACAACGAGUUCUCUCUCUCUCUCUCUCUCUCUCUCUCUCUCUCUCUCUCUCUCUCUCUCUCUCUCUCUCUCUUUCUCUCUUUCUUUCUCUCUCUCUCUCUCUCUAUUGUCGCGAUAUGAAAUUUAAUAUAAUCAAGUAUAACCACGAGCCACUAUUGAAUGGGACGAUGAUAAUAUUAAUAAUAAGAGUAUGAAUAUAAGAAAAAGCAGGGGCAUAAGACAGAAAUAUUUAAUAUCGCCGAACGUUUUUAACAUUUAACGGGGUAAAAGUUUUAUUGAGUUAUAUAAGCUUUAAAAGCUUUUGAGCCAGUGAUUGUUUUUAAAAAAUAAAUGAGUAUUCAAAUUAUAUAUAUAUUAUAUAUAUAUUAUAUAUUUUUAA